AUGGCCUCGACCGACGCCGAAGCGGCCGCCCGCACCCGCAUCGUCAACCACAUGAACAAGGACCACCAACGCGAGCUCUCCCACUACCUGCGACAUUACUCGAAGCUCCCGACGUGGCGGGCGCGCGACCCGGUGAUGAAGGACAUUUCGACCGAGUCCAUGACCAUCCAGAGCGCGGACGGCGCGGCGCACCAGAUCCCCUUUGACCCGCCCAUGGCGUCCCUGUCCGAGGCGCGGAACCGCGUGGUGGCCAUGGACGGCGAGGCCCGCGCGGGCUUGGGCCUCGCCGACGUGGAUGUGACGGUGUACGCGGCCCCCAGGGGCUGGCACGCGGCCGUGUUCGCGUCCGUGGUGCUGUACUACGUCGUCUACUUUAGCAAGCCGUGGGAAGCCGGAACCGGAUCCGGAACCGGGCCCCUCGCGGGGUUGGCCGAGGCACAGCGCGGGUUCUGGGACGCCGUGUUCCCGGGCGGCGUGCAGGUCAUGGGCCAGGUCGUGCGCGCCAUCCUCUGGCCCGUGGUGGCGAUUCACUUGGUGGAGAUUUCGGUGCUGGACCGCACGAGGCUGACGCCGCGUGCGGCGCUGGUCGGGGUCUGGUGGUUGUGGGCGGGGAGCUGCUUCUUUGAGGGACACCGCAAUCAUGGGUAUUUCUCGCGACUCCGCCACAAGCGCUCCGCCUCCGGUGCCAAGCGUGCCUACUACAGUCCGAAGCAGUACGUUCUGACCUCUGUCAACAGGAAGAAGCGCGCUUUCGAGGCCGGCCGUCAGGCUGCCAACACCCGUAUCGGCCCCAAGAGGAUCCGAACCGUCCGUACCCGCGGUGGCAACCACAAGUACCGAGCUCUCCGUCUCGACUCUGGUAACUUUGCCUGGGGCUCCGAGGGCUGCACCCGCAAGACCCGUGUUAUCGUCGUCGCCUACCACCCUUCGAACAACGAGCUUGUCCGAACCAACACCCUGACCAAGUCCGCCGUCGUCCAGAUCGACGCUGCCCCCUUCAGGCAGUGGUACGAGGCCCACUACGGCCAGCCCAUUGGCAGGAGGCGACAGCGUGCCCAGGCCGCCAAGGAGGGCAAGGACGCCGCCGAGGACGCCAAGAAGUCCAAGUCUGUUGAGAAGAAGCAGGCUGAGCGCUACGCCGCCGGCGGAAAGGUCGACCCCGUCCUCGAGAAGCAGUUCGAGGCUGGUCGUCUCUACGCCGUCGUCUCCAGCCGUCCCGGCCAGUCUGGUCGCUGCGACGGUUACAUCCUUGAGGGUGAGGAGCUCGCCUUCUACCAGCGCAAGCUCCACAAGUAA